CCGCUAAUGUUGUCUGUGUACGGCGCAUACGGCUUACCACUAGAACUGCAGUACGAUCCGACGCUACUAUGCCUGCUGGCGCGGGGCUGGUCAGUCGUGAAAGUACAUGCGCGGGGAGGCGGCGAGCUGGGUCGCCGUUGGCACAGCGCCGGCUGUCGCCGCCACAAGAGGGCGGCUGUGGAGGAUUGCCUUGCAGCGCUGCGGGUCCUUACUACCGCCCCAGCCGCCUUCUCCUCCUCCAUGUGCCGGUCGCCGUCCCAGUCCGCCGCUUUCCCAGGUGGCGUCGUCCUGGGUGCCGUGCUUAACACUGCUCCUGAGCUCUUCGGUGCUGCCGUCCUGCGGUGCGCCUUCCUGGAGCUUCUGGGCAGUUGCAGCGAUACCGGGCAACCGCUAACCGCACACGAGUGGGACGAGUGGGGUCAUCCUGACGACCCACGGGACUGGGUCGCGGCUGGGAAGCUCUGUCCGUAUCACAAUCUG